CAAAACGUCAAAACGGCAAAACGGAGCAAAUGGCGAGUGGCUCUUCCAAGUCUGACACAGGGAAUACGCGAUAGUGAGCUGGAUCGGUAAAUGAGACAGACUGUUGUCUCUCCAGGUUGAAAAAUACAGGUACAAUAAAUCCCGGUGAUGCUUGAUGCGUGAAGUACUCUCAGUGACACUCCAUGCAUAGAGACAUUAUCAUUGUUUAUAUUUUUUUUCAAACCGAUGGCGCACCACCAAUGACGAAAGUUCAUUCGAAAUUAUACCGGAGUGGAGAAUUGGUUUAGUGUUUUCCUCGGACUAUGCAUCGUCGGGUUUAUUCGUACGAGGGAUCCGUAGUCACGUCGAUAGUCGAUACCCUGGGCUUCGGAGAGUAACACAGUGGCCCGGUCGCGUGUCCUCGUUGUCAAACCAACGGCCCUCAAACCUCCCAACUUCCUCCCAACUUCCCUACCAUAACACCCACAUCAUCAAAUUCAAAGUCUUCAUUCCUGUCAUCCUCAUCUGUGUUUCUUUUAUUUUUUUUUUCUCUACUCUUUACGUCUAGUUUUAUUGUUUUAUAUUCUUGUGAUCAAGUGUGUGGUGCUGCGGUGGAGUGAGGGAUGAGGGCCGGGGGGAUAAUUCGGGUGACGACUUCAGGGCAGAAAUGUUGAAGUUUGGCAGUAAAAACGACGUUACUGUGGUGCAUCGCGCCACUAUUCGAUUACUCGACGACGCCGAAAUUAUCCACUGUGACUUUCAGCCCCAGCACAAAGGAAGGUACAUACUCGAGUAUGUGUGCAAACAACUCAACAUCAUCGAGACGGAUUACUUUGGGCUGCGUUACGUGGACCACUGCAGGCAGAGGCAUUGGCUGGACCUGGCUAAAACAGCGAUCAAGCAAGUAAAAGAUAUGGAGCCAAUUCUGUUCAGUUUUCGUGUUAAAUUCUACCCACCCGAUCCUCUGAGGCUCAAGGAGGAGAUUACGAGAUAUCAGAUUUAUCAGCAGUUAAAGAGAGAUCUAUUGCACGGGAGAUUGUACUGCAGUCCUGGUGAAGCAGCGCUGCUGGCAGCCUGUAUACUCCACAACGAGCUUGGCGAGUAUGAUCCUGAAAUUCAUGUUGGUAACUACAUGUCUGAGCACAAGCUAUUGCUGAAGCAGACUGAGAGCAUCGAGGAAAAAGCUAUGGAGCUUCAUCAGACACAGCUGAAGACAUUCACCGCUGAACAGGCGGAAAUACAUUUUCUCAGACUCGCUGCUCAACUCGACACGUAUGCGGUCGAUCCACAUCCUGUCAAGGAUCAUAAAGGAACUCAACUCUAUGUAGGAAUAAAUCAUCAUGGAAUUCUGACAUUCCAGGGCUCAAGAAAAACUAAUCAUUUUCGGUGGUCGGAAGUUCAAAAAAUCAAUUACGAAGGGAAAAUGUUUAUUGUUCAUUUAACUAUCCAUGAGGACUUGAGGACGAAGAAGAAACACACUGUCGGCUUCAAGUGCCCAACUGGAUCAAACUGCCGCCACGUAUGGAGAUGUGCAAUCGAGCAAAUGUUGUUUUUCACUUUACCGAGAGCCUCUGAUGCUCCGGUAGUUAGUGGAGGUUCAAUAUUCUCGUGGGGCACAAAAUUCAAAUACACUGGUAGAACAGAGCGUGAAGUACUUGAGGAAACGGCAGCAGCGGCUUCAGCGGGUUCCGCCGAGGCGUCAUCGUUGCGUGGAAAAGGAGACACACCGGUCCAACGCUGUCAAACAACAGGACUCAGGAGAAAAGCAAGUAGUGUACCAGCUACACCGAGUACACCCAGCCAAGAUCUCAUUGAAAUUCGGUACUCGAGUUUACCCCGAAGCUGUCAUAGUGCAGGACUUGACGGUGCUGGUAUGUCUGAAUCAGGCUCGACGUGCCCUGGCAUUGGGGUACCACUGAGCUCACCCUACUGUCCCGAUAAUACGUUACCACUGCUCGAGACUGUAUCCGAGGACCAAGAAAUUUAUGCCAAAAGGAAUAAUGCAUUAGACGAAAAUGAAAAAACGCAUGCGAGUGCCCACUACACCACCACCACCUCAAAUCAAAUGAAAAAAGUGAAAUUUCCAAAGAGCACGUACGAUCGUCCGCAGACUCUGUACAGUCAAAAAAUAGUCAUUGGAUCGGACGAAUUAAUAGGAAGAAAUAUAGAUAAAGUUGUUCGACAAAAGAUCGAUUCACUGGAGAAGAGUCCCAAAGUGGUGAGAUCAACAGCAUUGAUAAUAAAGACAUCUAGAACCCCCGUGAAGCCGACAAAUAGCAUAAUAAAACCAGGGAAUAUCACCUCGGAAAUAAAAACAUACACAACAACCAUUCACAACAAGCCUUGUGAGACAGGAGUUAAAUCUGUAAGCCUUGCACCACUACCACCCACCAUUCCACCUCGAGUCAAGGUCCAGGCAAUCUCAUUGGAUGUGUCAGAUGCACCAGAAAUGUCCAAGUGUCCAAUGACCAUAAAAAAUGAUAACGAUGAGGUGAUUGGAAAGCCUGCAGUGAAUGGAAAUGCAACAUCAGGAAGAUCCAUAACUCGACCAAUGGCAUUUGCCCUGGCAAUGGCAUCAGCUGCAGCUGCUGCUGUAUCGUCAAAUGUACGUGGUACUACAGCAAUGACACCCAUCACAAUCGAUGAUAACACCAACAAAAAUGGACACGACACGUCAGUGGGAGGACCAGGUGAUGGAGAUACGAAUGAUUACUUCUUCAGGGACUCGUUCGAUCAUUCGUCCUCGGAGAGCCAGCUGGUCGAUGGUAUUGGAAAUCCUCACAGUAGAAGUUUAACGCCAGUACCCAAGAUGCAGAAAUUGCAGAAUACGAAAUUGUGUCUGCAACCAGUUGGCAGCAGAACGAUCAUUGGCAGGGCUAAGGCACUCAGGGGUAUACGUAUUGUACGUAUGUUUGUCUCGGCAUUUGUGUUGACUGUCACAAUGCUCUUUAUCGUUAUUGUACUUGUCUUUGAGACGGAGUCAACUGUAUUUGACAGUUUACGUAAAACACCGGAAAUGGUUGCAUUCAAGAGUCAGUACUAUGUGCCCAUCAGGGAAUUUCUGAGGACCAAACUUGGCCUAUUCUGAUUAUCCGAUUGGCCGAUUACGAGACAUUGGUUAAUUGCUCGUAGUUGCUUAUUCGAUGGGGAUUUUGUGUGAUGGGGUUCUGUAAGGAGAUAAGAUUGACCUUUUUCUACAAUCUUUUGCAACAUGAGUUUUUCAAUUGAAAUCGCCAGGAAAUGCCACUUAUCUCCUUAUUCCACUCAAGUACAAAAUUUUUAUGAUGCUUUUUUUUUGGCUUUUGAAGAGUUUUCUGAUUGAAAUUUAACAGUGCCAAGAUGAAAGCCGAGGUGAGUCGAGAAAAUUUUGUUAUUGCUGGUAGACUUCCGGAUUCUCGAGUAAGGGAAUUUUUUUUUUUCAUUUUGUUAUUCGAGGCCUAUCUCCAAUGGAUAGAUUUUAUUAGAAAAACAAAGUUGUAAAAGCAGUCGUGUGGUACUACUUUCUAAGCUGUUGGUAUUGGGAAAAUAAUAAAAAGCUGGCGAAGAUACGGGGGAUGCAACAAAAAAUAUAAAACGAAAAUGUAACCUAGGCAGAGUUAAAUAUUUUAUCACGGGGAGCAGGAGAUAUUACACCUAUACGUCUAUAGGUGUGGAACUGGUUAGAUUCUAGGAGACAAAAACACAGAAAAUAGACAAACCGAAAGGUCGGAUGACUCUUCUCCCGUUUCAACCAAAUGAAAAAUAAAACAGAGCAAAAUAAAGCAACUCAUCCUGUUUUCAGUGUAGCAUAAUCUAUAGGUGAAUAAAAAAAAAAGUUCUGAAUGUGUGUGCGAGGGGGAGGAAGGAAUACUGAAUCGUAAUCUUUGUCGUGCUAAAAAUUCGUGUCUUUGCUGUGCGAAAAAGUGUCGCAAGAUCGUGAGAGAUAACACUCUCGAUUAAAAUUUUUCGCACA